UAAGAAUUUUAAUGUGUCCACCCGGACACAAUUCCGGUGCACACAACCGGCCCCAAGAAGCAAACGUUUGUUUUUCGUUCUGGAUAAUAUAGAGUAGUAUUUUUUUCCCCCCAGUGUAGUGAACUUCAACUUCACGGAGGUUUGCGUGGAAGGAUCAUGCCUCGUAGGAACACGCGCUGUCCGGGCUGCGGCUCCUCCAACAUCGUGAACGAUAACCUGUACUGUCAGGCGCAGCAGGUGUGCGCAGACUGCGGCACCGUGGUCUCUGAGGGGAGUUUGGCCCAAGACCCCUAUAACGGCCCGGAAAUCAGCUACAGCAGGACGACAGUUGUGAAAAAAAAACCCUGCGUCAACCUAAUACAAGGUAUGGAGCGCGUAAAGGAAAUGUCUCGCCUUCUCAGAGUCCGCAAAGAAGUCGAGGAGCUUUCUCUGACGUAUUACAGGCAGGCUUAUGAGCACAAGACUUUCCUCAACGUGACGCUCCAGAGGAAAGAAAUCCUGGGAGGUUGCUGUGUCCUUGCGAGCUGCAGACAGCAGAGAUGGCCCAUCACCCUGAACACCGUCAGCUACUUGCUAAAUGACGACCCAGCAGUGGUGGGAGAGGUUUACCACGAGAUGAUCAAAGUUCUUAACAUUCAGGCUCCUGCUUUCAGUGUCACAGAUGUCAUGGAAGCUCAUUGUCAAGAGUACAAGAUAAACCCCGGACACGUUCCUGAUGAACUGGCUGAAGAAUCCAGGGUCUUGACGAAGCGGGCCGUCGCCCUGGUGGAGCUGGCGGCAGAUUCCUGGAUCGUGACGGGCCGGCAUCCACUACCAAUCAUGAUGGCUGCCGUUUAUCUGGCUUGGCAGUCGUUGAAACCGAACCCACAGCGCCUCAAGAUGUCUCUGGAGAAAUUCUGCAGGCUGGGCAAAGUGCAGAAGAUUAAAGUCGCCGGGCCAAGGAUAACGGAGAUGAAGGGGAUGCUGUGCAAGCUGGGAAAAGAAAUUCCCUGGUACAAGCAGGUCUUGACUCCGGAUAAUGUGGUUAGUCUGGUGGGAGACAUUCUGCAGCACCGCUACUCUUUGCUAAGGAGAGCUAUGAAAGCCCAUGAGCUCUCUCUGCUGGAGAAAUGUCCAGUGAACUCUCCCCCCGCAGAGACCCCCUCCUCCGAGGUCACCGAGGAUGCAGGUCAGACUCCCGCCACAUCCUCUGUAAAUGCAGAAAAUGAGGCGGGAGAUAAAGACGAGAGUCCAAAAUCACCUUCGGAGCUAAGUGACCCUCAAGCACAAGGGUCGACUCAAAACUGGGGGAAAAGAGUUCUGUUCGCUCCGCCCUGUGUGGUCAAUCCCAAGAAAAAGAAAACGGAGCGGCCGGCGCUGCACGUGAGCGAAGACGAUCACAUCUCUGACAGUGAGAUCGAUUCAUACAUCCGGACGCCGCAAGAAGCUCGAGACUUCGCCGUGAUGCAGACGAUGCUAAAAGAACAAAACAAAGUUUAGGGGAGAAUCAUCGCAUGUUGUUUGUCCUGGUAUUUCACUUCCUAAAUUUAGCAUUUUUUUUGGAUUUGUUCUGAGAUUAUAAAUGAUUAUUAAAAUAAGCUAAAACUGGUAAUGACGUUUUGACUUUUUUUUUUAAAUGUUAAGAUUUUCUCCAGUUGCUAUAAAUUGUUGAGCUGUGAGAUAUUUAGUCCAAAAAUUAUUUUACAACAAAUUGUGACUGUUUUAGCACAAAUUAUAAAAGGAAACUAAAAUUGAGCAAAUGUAGAUGUGAACAGAAGAGGAAAACAGUUCUGACAUGAAGUUGGGAAACAUCCAAAGAGCGUACAGCCUUAUAUGCACUUUAUUUUAUCCCAACAGGUUCUGCGUUGAUCACCUUUAGCUAUAAAUCUUUUGUCUCUUGUUCAUUGGUGGUCCACUCUGUUCUAAAAGCCUGUUGUGUUUUUCUUAAGUUGUCUUUAAUUGAGAAAAGGUGAUCUUUUGUUUUCUCUUGUAACAGCAGAUUGUCAUUUUACCACAGAAAGGUUUCUCAGUACGUUAUAUUGCACUGACACGUUGUAAAAAAAAAAUUGAAUUAAAUACA